AUAAAGUAACAUAAACGUUGAGUUUCCUUUUAAAUUAAUCAAAAACCAAAAAAAUCAAACGUUUCUUAUUUUUUGGUUUGCUUGCUUUGUUAAAUAGAUUAUCAUCUUUGCUCUCAAUUCAUCUACCACUCUCCUUCAUCUUCUCUUCGAAUCUAUUCGCCCCUCCCUCGCACAUUUUUCUUCUCUAAUUAUCUCAGGAACCAAACAGGAAAUUAGGGUUCUUGUUCUGAAAUUCAAUGACUUUUAAUGAUGAUAAUAAUAAUGAUGAGGGAGGAGAGGUGGUGCCAGAGCUGAAGCUAAGAAUUGAGGGUGAUGAUGAUGAUGAUGAUGUUAAUGGCAAAAGGGUAAACUUGAGACAGAGAUUAUUAGAAGAAUGUGAAGUGGAAGAGAGAGAUUUGUCGUUAAAAGAGUCAGCUUUUUCUUCAAUAGGGAGAAAGUCUGUUUGGUAUUGGAUCAAGUUGGGAAUUUUAAUUACCUUUAUAGGGUUAUUGGCUGCUGUUUUCCUCAAAUGGCUUGGCCCAUUUUUCAUAGAUAAGGAGCUAAUGCCUAUAAUAAAUUGGGAGAUGACAACCUUUAGUACUCCGAUUCUGGCAGUUCUAGUCUUUGCUUCUGUGGCAUUAUUCCCCACGCUACUUUUACCAUCUACACCAUCUAUGUGGGUGGCAGGAAUGACAUUUGGUUAUGGUUUUGGAUUUCUACUAAUCAUAUCUGCAGCUGCUCUGGGUAUCUCACUUCCAUUCUUUAUUGGCUCUCUUUUCCUUCAAAGAAUUCAAGGCUGGUUAGAAAAAUAUCCCAAGAAAGCCGCCAUUCUGAGAGCAGCUGGUGAAGGAAAUUGGUUUCAUCAGUUUAAAGCUGUAACAUUAAUCAGGAUCUCUCCAUUCCCAUAUAUCAUAUAUAAUUACUGUGCAGUGGCAACACAUGUUAAGUAUGGUCCUUACAUCUUGGGAUCUUUGGUAGGAAUGGUGCCUGAAAUUUUUGUUGCAAUAUACACUGGUAUCCUCAUACAGACAUUGGCAGAUGCUUCGAAUGAGCGACACACCCUAACAGCUCCACAGAUUUUGUUAAAUGUAGGCGGUUUCCUUGUAACAGUGGUGACAACAAUUGUUUUCACAGUUUAUGCGAGAAGGCAACUAAAAUUGUUGCAGAAAGAAGAAGAUUUAGUGUUGCAAUAAGCCGUAGUUUGUUUUAGAGAGAAACAAUCUCUACCCGAGCUAGGUGUAUAUUCAUGUUGAGAACGUUAUAGGCUGGAUGAAGUUUUAUUUAUUAAACAACUUCAUCUAUUGGAUGGAAUGUGUGAGGACAAACAUGGUCCUAUGAAGCAUUGUGAAGGAGUAACACAGAGGGAACCAAGACAAAAAUCUGGCAUCAUACAGAAAGGCUGUUUCUAUCUUCCAUUUAUUUAAAGAAUUUUAUUCUUUGCUCUCUCUCUCGCUCUUAAGCACACAUAAUUGAGAUUUGUAUAUGAAUGACACGUCUGCCAUAUGAAAGUUGAAGUGGACCAAGGCAAAAUCGCCGACAUUUUAUACAUAAAUCAGUUUCAUUUUGUUGUUGACUUGCUGUAUAUGAUAUUUUGCAGAAUCCUUGCUUUUUUAUGGCCGAAUGGUGUUCAAACUGUUCCUUGGUCUCUCUUAUUUUAUUGGAUUUCACAUGUACACGCUUAUUGUCGCGGUUCACACUAACAUAUGAAAUAUUGUCUAUUUUGACUCGUUGAUCUCAGGGUUAUCUCACAAA